AUGUCCUCUGGGAAGGUAGUCCUCUCGGGUCUCCCGCAGCAGCAGCAGUCGCCGAAAAAGGAGCUCUCAAGGAAGAAGGCUUCGGAGAAACAUGUGCAUUAUCCGUUCUGGUUUGGAGGGAGCGCAAGUUCGCUCGCGGCAUGCGUGACGCAUCCGUUAGAUCUUGUAAAGGUCCGCCUCCAAACUCGCUCCAGCAAUGCGCCCACGGGCAUGGUCGGCACAUUUGUGCACGUCGUCAAGCACGAUGGUCUCUCGGGUCUAUACCGCGGUCUGAGCGCUUCACUGCUCCGUCAGAUCACGUACUCGACGACGCGGUUCGGGGUAUACGAAGAACUUAAAGCCGCGCAAAAGACACCUCCCGGGUUCCCAACCCUCAUCGCCAUGGCCUCGGUAUCGGGGCUAAUCGGCGGCGUGGCAGGAAACCCAGCAGACGUGUUGAACGUACGGAUGCAGCACGAUGCCUCGCUCCCCGUCGAGCAGCGCAGGAAUUACAAGAAUGCCGUGGAGGGACUGGUACGCAUGACGCGCGAGGAAGGCUGGAAGAGCCUGUUCCGCGGCGUGUGGCCGAAUAGUAUGCGCGCGGUGCUGAUGACGACGAGUCAAUUGGCGUCGUACGAUGGGUUCAAGAGGCUGUUGAUUAAGCAUACGUCGUUGGAGGAUAAUCUGACGACCCAUUUCACGGCGUCUCUCCUGGCGGGCUUCGUUGCUACGACGCUUUGCUCGCCUGUAGAUGUUAUCAAGACGAGAAUUAUGUCCUCGCAUGAGAGCAAGGGCAUGGUUAGGUUCUUGACUGAUGUGUAUAAAGUUGAGGGAGUUGGAUGGAUGUUCAGGGGAUGGGUACCGAGCUUUAUCAGACUUUGUCCCCAAACGAUUUGCACCUUCUUGUUCUUGGAACAGCAUAAGAAGAUAUACAGACACCUGACGGGUAUAGAAGUGGAUGCGGUGAUUUGA